CAAAAACUAAAUACCAUAAAACCUUUCUUUCUAAGCCAAAUGAAGCCUUUUUCUCUCUUGUCACCUACACUUUUAUACCUUCAUCUGUUUUUUCUUUGUUUUGCUUCAAACAAAAUUGUGGCAGUGACAUUAGGAAACCAAACAGAUCAUUUGUCAUUGCUCAAAUUCAAAGAAUCAAUAACCACUGAUCCAUAUAGAACUCUUGAAUGUUGGAAUUCUUCCACCCACUUCUGCAAGUGGUUUGGAAUCACAUGCAACCCAGUGCAUGAAAGAGUUAUAGAGUUGAACUUAGAUGGAUCUGAAUUACAUGGAUCUUUAUCUCCCCAUGUUGGCAAUCUCUCUUUUCUGAAAAUUCUCCACCUUAGGAACAACAGCUUCUUUGGAGAAAUUCCACAGGAGUUAGGUCAGUUGCAACAAUUGCAACGACUUUCUCUCACCAAUAACUCGUUUGCAGGUCAAAUUCCUACAAACUUGACAUAUUGCUCCAAUCUCGCCAGCUUAUUCUUGGAUAACAACAAUCUAAUUGGUAAAAUACCAACAGAAAUUGGAUCUUUGAAAAAGCUUCAAAAUUUCACUGUUUAUGGAAACAAUUUAACGGGUGGAAUCUCUUCAUUCCUAGGGAAUCUUUCAGGCUUAAUGGGUUUUUCGUGUAACUCUAACAAUAUGCAAGGAGAUAUUCCACAAGAAAUUUGUCAUCUUAAAAACUUGUCACAAUUACUUUUGGGUGAGAACAAAUUUUCUGGUACCAUUCCUUCCUGUCUUGGUACCAUUUCAUCCGUUACUAUACUUGCCUUGACAGGUAAUAGGUUUCAUGGCUCUCUUCCACUCAACAUGUUCAACACCCUCCCCAAUCUCCACACUUUUGUCAUUUCAGGAAAUCAAUUUUCAGGCCCAAUCCCUACUUCCAUAGUAAAUGCAUCUUCCAUUAUAGGUUUUGAUAUUAGUGAAAAUCAUUUUGUAGGACAAGUUCCAAGUUUAGGAAGGCUAAAAAAUUUACAAACACUCAAUUUGGAAUUUAACAGUUUAGGUAGCAAUUCAACUAAGGAUUUGGAGUUUUUUAAAUAUUUGACAAACUGUAGUAUACUAAACACGUUUAGUAUCGCCUUUAAUAAUUUUGGAGGCAUUCUGCCAAACUCUGUAGGAAGUUUAUCCACUAAGCUUGAAAACCUAGAUCUUGCAUCUAAUAUGAUUUCAGGAAAAAUUCCCUCUGAGUUAGGAUGUCUAGUAAAUUUAUUUUUAUUGUACGUUGACUUUAACCAAUUUGAAGGAAAUAUUCCCACUGCUUUUGGGAAGUUCCAAAAGAUGCAAAAGUUAACUUUGAGCGGAAACAAGUUAUCAGGAGAUAUACCACCCUUUUUAAGUAAUCUUAGUCAAUUGUAUCUUUUGGAAUUACAUGGUAAUAUGUUUGGAGGAAAUAUUCCUCCAAGCAUAGGAAACUGUCAAAAGCUGCAAUAUCUAGAUCUUUCACAGAACAAGCUUAAAGGAGCCAUCCCUUCAGAGGUUUUUAAUCUAUUAUCUUUAACAAAUUUAUUGGACUUGUCACACAACUCUUUGAGUGGUAGCUUACCAGGACAAGUGGGUAUGUUAAAAAAUAUUGGUAAGCUAGAUGCCUCCAAUAAUCAAUUGUCAGGAGAUAUUCCAAUAUCUAUUGGUGAGUGCAUAAGCUUAGAAUACCUUCUUUUGCAAGAUAACUCCUUCAACGGAACAAUACCAUCCUCUUUGUCUUCCCUCAAAGGUCUUCAAUAUUUAGACCUUUCGAAAAAUCAAUUGGCUGGUUCAAUUCCUGAUGUUAUACAGAACAUCUCGGGUUUAACAUACUUGAAUGUUUCUUUUAACAUGUUGGAAGGUGAGGUACCAAUAUCUGGUGUCUUUGGAAAUGCAACCCAAGUAGCAAUGAUUGGAAACAAAAAACUUUGUGGAGGUAUUCCACAGAUGCGCCUGCCAACAUGCUCCGUCAAGGAUAGGAAACACAGAAAGUACCAUAAGUUCAUAUUGGAAGCUAUUGGCGUGUUUUCUUUUCUUCUCAUACUUUCAAUUUUUCUAACUAUUUAUUGGUUGAGGAAAAGAAACCACAAACGAUCUUUGGAUUCACCAACACUUGAUCAACUACAUAAGGUUUCGUAUCGAGACUUACAUCGAGGAACCAAUGGAUUCUCGAUUACAAACUUGAUUGGAUCAGGAAGUUUUGGUUCUGUGUACAAAGGAAACCUUGUGUCCGAAGACAAUUUUGUUGCCAUAAAGGUUCUGAAUCUUCAAAAGAAGGGAGCUCACAAGAGUUUUCUUCUUGAAUGCAAUGCACUCAAAAAUAUACGUCACCGAAAUUUGGUUAAGAUUAUAACAUGUUGUUCUAGUUCAGAUUAUAAAGGUCAAGAAUUUAAAGCUCUAGUUUUUGAUUACAUGAAAAAUGGAAGCCUAGAACAAUGGUUGCAUUCAAAUGUUUUAAAUGCGGAGAGUCAAACAACAUUGGACCUUGCUCAUCGAAUCAACAUCAUUAUCGAUGUUGCUUUGGCACUACACUAUCUUCAUCAAGAAUGUGAACAGUUGAUCCUUCAUUGUGAUCUAAAGCCAAGUAAUGUACUUCUUGAUGAUGACAUGGUUGCUCAUGUGAGUGAUUUUGGCAUAGCAAGACUUGUCUCCGCCAUUAACAGUACUUCUCAUAAGGAUACAAGUUCAAUCGGAAUAAAAGGGAUUGUUGGCUAUGCUCCUCCAGAGUAUGGAAUGGGCUCUCAAGUGUCUACAUGCGGUGACAUGUAUAGCUUUGGAAUCCUGAUUCUGGAAAUGCUUACCGGUAAAAGACCCACAGAUGAAGUUUUUGAAGAUGGCCAAAAUCUUCAUAACUUUGUCGCAAUAUCAUUUCCUAAUAAUCUUAUAAAGAUUUUGGACCCGAAUCUUCUACCAAAAGAUGGAGAAGUAGAAAUACAAAAUAGAAAUCGUGAGAAUAUGAUUCCAAAUCUUGAUGAGUGCUUAAUUUCCCUAUUCAGGAUUGGACUGUUUUGUUCAAUGGAAUCACCGAAAGAUAGAUUGAAUAUUGUGGAAGUUACUAGAGAGCUUAGCAUAAUCAAAAAGACUUCUCUUACAGGUGUUCGCACUUAUAAUUAGUAAUUCAGCUUGAUGCGCUGCUGCUGAGUAACUGAAUGAUCUUGAAGAAAGCAACAUAUGUGGCAAUGUUUAGUUUCAUAUUUUUCUUAUUGACCGAAAUCAUUUAGCAGCAUUUGAUUUUGUGUGUUUGUGUUUAAUGUACUUUUGCCUAUAAUACUAGUUGCUCUAAAUAA